AAAAAAAAAAAAGAAAAAAAAUUUAUAAAGUAAAAAUAUGAAAAAAAAUAAAAUAAAAUAAAAUAAAAAAGGAAGAAGAAGAAGAAGAAGAAGGAAGACCAUACAUGCAUGAUCUGGAACAAAGCAAAAAUAUAUAAAAUACUUGUAAAAAGCCAAAAAAUGAAAAUCCCGGAAAACAUGCAUGAAGUGUCAAAACCAACUUAACUAAUUCUACGUUUGACCGAUUAUGUUGCAAAUUUUCCGAUGUUAAAAGGGUGAAAAUGAAGAAAAGAUAUAAUUUCUUUCACUCACAGUCUGAAAAUUUUCCAUUUUUUUGGGUUUUAACAGCAGAAAAAUAGUGAUUUACCUGAACGAAUGGAAGAAAACUUGGAAAGCAACAUCUGGGAAAGUGCAAGAGAAGCAACCAAGGCUGCUCGAGAAAAUGGUAGUGAUCCUUUGUUAUGGGCAAUGAAGUUGUAUUCGGAUUUGAUCUCCAAUGGAGUCUCUAUGCCUUCUGUAGAACUUGCUGAUAUGUUGGUUUCGCAUAUUUGUUGGGAAAACAACGUUGCCAUUAUGUGGAAGUUUUUAGAGAAGUCAUUUGUAUUGAACAUGGUGCCUCCUCUGCUUGUUCUUGCUCUGUUUUCCACUAGGAUUAUUCCAUGUCGACAAUUUCAGCCAGCAGCAUAUAGGCUUUAUAUGGAGCUCCUGAAGAGAUAUAUAUUUAAGCUGAAAUCUCAAAUAAAUGACUCAAAUUAUCAAGAGGUCAUGAAGUCCAUAGAUGCUGUUCUUAAUCUAUCCCAGAUAUUUGGUCUGCCAACAAGUAAUGAACCUGGGGUUAUACUCGUUGAGUAUCUAUUUUCAGUUGUUUUGCAAUUGGUUGAUGCAUCAUUAGAUGAUGAGGAAUUGCUGAACCAUAAUGAUCUAGAACAGAAUUCCAGUUGGGUAACUAAGCCUCAAGAAAUGGAAAUAGAUGGUCAAGUUGGUCAUCAUGAUCAUGAUGAGAAAUCGAACAGACAUAAUAAGAGAUUGCAGGAUUCAAAUACUGUCAUGGCCAUUGAGAUUAUUGGACAACUUCUGAAAAACAAAGGGACUUCAAGAAUUCUUUAUUUGGCUCGCAAAUACAUACCCACACGUUGGGAAAAUUUUACUGGGAAAUUACGUUUUCUUGGCGAAAAUUCCUUAGCAUUAAGAAAGUCAGAAACUCUUACACCAGAGGCUCUUCAGCAGUUAACUUCAGACACACGCAUUGUCUUGCCUCGAUGCAGAACAAGUUCUUUACAAAAAUUUCAUGCAAUUAUGGGUUAUGGAUCUUCAGCUUCUUAUGCAGGUCUUUGCUAUGGAUCUGGUCGUUCUGCUAUAUGGCUUCCUCUUGAUCUUGUAUUAGAAGAUGCCAUGGAUGGACAUCAAAUUGAUGCAACAAGCGAAAUAGAAAAAAUUACUGGUUUGAUUAAGACCCUUCAAGCAAUAAAUGGAACAAGCUGGCAUGACACAUUUUUAGGUCUUUGGAUUGCAGCUCUUCGUCUUGUUCAUAGGGAAAGAGACCCUAUAGAAGGCCCUGUACCUCGGCUGGAAACUCGCUUAUGCAUACUAUUAUGCAUCACAACUCUUAUGGUUGUUGAUCUUAUUGAUGAGAGAAAUUCUCCAAUCGAUGAAACAGAAAGUGAUUCUAACAAUCAAUUGAAAGAGAAAGAUAAAGGAAAUCCAAGAAACCUUCAUAAGGAUUUUGUAUCCAGCCUACAAAUGUUGGGUGAUUUUCAUGACCUGUUAGCUCCACCUCAAUCUAUUGUUUCUAUGGCCAAUCAGGCUGCUGCGAAAGCAAUAUUGUUUGUUUCAGGCAUCAGUGAAGAAAACAUGUCAAUUAAGUGUUCUGGAAACUUGCGCCAUUUGAUAGUUGAGGCAUGCAUAGCUAGAAAUCUCCUCGACACAUCGGCAUAUUUCUGGCCAGGCUAUGUCAAUGGAAGUGUCAAUGAAAUUCCUCAAGAUGCUGCAGCACAAGUUCCUGGUUGGUCUUCAUUUCUCAAAGAGCCUAAUCUUACACCACUAAUAAUGGAUGCUUUGGUUUCAAGGCCUGCGUCAAGGUAUAUCGGAUGCUCUUUUAUGUAAAUAUACCCAAAAAAAAGUAAAGCUACUGAAAUUAAGUUCAUGGAUUUGAUGGAAGCUUAGCAGAACUGGAGAAAGUCUUUGAGAUUGCAAUCAGUGGAUCAGAUGAUGAGAAAAUAUUUGCUGCUACUAUACUUUGUGGAGCUUCACAUUGGUGGUUGGAAUAUACAGGAACACACUAUUCAUUUCAUCAUAAGAUUAUUGUCUCCUCCAGUUCCUGUUGAUUAUUCCGGGGGUGAAAGCCAUUUAAUCAGUUAUGCUCCAAUGCUCAACAUUCUCAUUGUUGGAAUAGCAUCUGUUGAUUGUAUUCAUAUUUUCUCUCUACAUGGUUUGGUUCCACAUCUUGCAUGUUCACUAAUGCCAAUAUGCGAGGUGUUUGGUUCAUGUGUUCCAGAUCUAUCUUGGACUCUCAAGUCAGGAGAAGAAAUCUCAGCUCAUGCUGUGUUUUCAAAUGCAUUUGCUCUUCUUUUGAAGCUAUGGAGGUUCAAUCAUCCUGCUUCUGAACAUGGAGUUGGAGAUGUACCAACAGUUGGAUCCCAACUCACCCCUGAAUACCUCCUUUUAGUCCGUAACUCUUAUUUAGUAUCUUCCAAAAAUGUCUAUGAAAGCCAAAGUAAAAAGAGACUCUCAGCUGUAGCAAAUUCAUCAUAUCCAGAACCAGUGUUUGUGGACUCAUUUCCAAAGUUAAAAGUUUGGUACAGGCAGCACCAGGCAUGUAUAGCAUCACCGCUCUCUGGUCUUGUUCCGGGGACCAUUGUCCAUCAGAUUGUUAAUGAACUACUGAAAAUGAUGUUCAAAAAGUUUGAUAGAGGAAUCCAACAACUUAGUUCUGUUACUUCUGGAAGUAGUAAUUCUUCUGGACCUGGUACAGAGGACAAACUUCUAAGGCCUAAAUUGCCUGCAUGGGAUAUACUUGAAGCUGUUCCUUUUGUGGUUGAUGCUGCUCUAACAGCUUGUGCCCAUGGAAGGCUUUCGCCCCGUGAAUUGGCUACAGGACUUAAGUGUUUAGCUGAUUUUCUUCCUGCAUCUUUCGCGGCUAUUAUUAGCUACUUCUCAGCUGAAGUAACUAGGGGUGUUUGGAAACGAGUUGUAAUGAAUGGAACAGAAUGGCCAAGCCCGGCUAUGAAUUUGUCAAAUAUUGAGGAACAGAUCAAGAAAAUCCUAGCUGCUACUGGUGUUGAUGUCCCUAGAAUUGUUCCAGAUGGAAGCAUUCCAGCAACACUUCCACUGCCUCUGGCUGCAUUUGUAAGCCUCACUAUAACCUUCAAUAUUGAUAGAGCCUCAGAACGCUUUCUCAGUUUGGCUGGCCCUGCCUUAGAAUUUCUUGCAGUGGCAUGCCCGAAGCCUUGCAAGCCAAUCGUAGCAUCACUGUGGACCCAGAAGGCUAAGCGGUGGAGUAACUUUCUUGUAUUUUCUGCAUCUCGAACUGUCUUUCUUCGCAACAGUGAUGCAGUGGUUCAGCUUCUUCACAGCUGCUUCACUGCCACACUUGGCCUGAAUGCCACUCCAACCUUGAGCAAUGGCGGCGUUGGUGCCCUUCUUGGCCAUGGAUUUGGAUCUCAUUUCUUUGGUGGGAUAUUCCCUAUUGCACCAGGCAUUGUUUAUCUGCGAGCUUACCGCUUCAUUGGAGAUAUUGUAUUCAUUACAGAAGAGAUUGUUACUAUCUUGAUGCAUUAUGUGAGAGAAAUAACAUGUUGGCUUCCUACACAGAGAUUGAAAUCGAAGACAACCAAGAAUAGAAUGAGAUAUGGACAGGUCUCACUUGCUGCAGCAAUGACUCGGGUGAAACUGGCAGCUUCACUUGGGGCUUCGUUAAUAUGGUUAACAGGUGGUUUGUGUCUGGUUCAGUCAUUGAUCAAAGAAACUUUGCCCUCUUGGUUUAUAGCUACGCACAGGUCUGAGCAGGGGUCAGAAGGGAUAGUAGCAAUGCUUGGGGGUUAUGCACUUGCAUACUUAGCAGUGCUUUGUGGAUCUUUUGCUUGGGGUAUUGACUCAUCAUCAGCAGCAUCAAAACGGCGUUCAAAAAUCCUAGGUACCCACAUGGAAUUUCUUGCAAGUGCAGUUGAUGGGAAGAUAUCACUUGGUUGCAAUAGUUCCACUUGGCGUGCUUAUGUCUCCGGGUUCAUAAGCCUAAUGGUAGAUUGCACACCAAAUUGGGUGCAGGAGGUGGAUGUAGAUGUGUUGAAGAGACUAAGUGAUGGUCUGAAGCAGUGGAAGCAGGAAGAGCUUGCUUUGGCAUUGUUAGCUAUUGGUGGGGUCGGAACGAUGGGUGCCGCUGCCGAACUUAUUGUUAAGAAUGAUAUGUAAACCAAA